AUGGCUACCGCCCUCGUCAGCCAACUCGACAAGCAAUCAAAGAACAUUGCAGAUCUGCUAGCCUUCAUCAAGCAAGAGUUGGACGCGGAUGCAGAACGCCAUGCCUCGCUGCAAGCCUCCGCCGCCGUGGCGGGAGACGUGCUACAGCAAGACUCGCAGACUGGGGCAACGCUCGAUCUCAGCAAGAAGAAAUUGAGCGCUUUGCCGGUGGAGGCCAUUGGAUUGAUGAAGCACAAGGUGGAACGACUCGCCGUUUCUCACAACCCACAAAUCUCCCUUCCCCCCCAGAUUAUACAAUGCGAGCGCCUACGCUACCUCAACAUUCGGUGGAACCAGCUCACGCACUUCCCCGACGUGGUGCUGCAACUGUCCAAACUCGAGAUCCUCGACCUCAGCGGAAACAAAAUCACCGCUCUCCCGGAAGACAUCAAGAAACUGUCCUCGCUCAAGUUUUUGGCCGUCGCGAAGAAUCGCAUUACGAGACUACCCCUCGCGCUGGGCGAAAUGAGCAGCCUGGGCAAGCUCAAGUUCGAGGAGAAUCCUCUUGUCUUCCCCCCUCCCGAUGCAAUCAAACUCUCGCCAGACCGCCUGGCAGCGGCACACGACGUGGAGCGAGAAAAAGAGAUGUGCCAAAAGGUAAAGCGUUUCUUGAGAGCCGCAGCGGUGAAGGAGAAGUUAAGAAUCGUGACCGAGGAUGACCAAAGCGAGGACCACGUCGAAACGCCGCGACCGCCGAAAAGGACCGCAAUUGCCGGCCGCUUCCCCAUUCGACCAAGCAUCAGCGGCCUUGACAGCAUGAUCGAGUCCAAGCCUGACUCCUCUCUUGGCGAGCCUGGAAUCGUCCCGCCAAUCCCACACAAGUCCCAUGCACGCGUGGAGUCGUCAAAUGCUUCGGGCAUGAAGCGGCCAGGAGCUGCUCCCCUUCUCAACAGCGGGAACGAUGGCAAUCGCAGUCGGAGCGAAACAGUGUCGUCUUGGAGCAAUCUCCGCCAACGACGCCAAGGCUACGUCCCUACACGGAGGCCCACCGGAGAUCUUGAGGCACUGAAUGAGGAUAUGGACCGACUUACUCAGACUUCAAUGGCCAGGCCAACACACGUGCGAGCUUCGAGCUCUAUCUCCACUACGCAGAGCACCACUGGCCCCAGUAGUGGUGACACAUCUGGUGCCGUCAGCCCCGUGGAAGCACAGUCGAAAGCCUAUCAUAUCGGUCCUGCCUACAAAGCACGCAAGAGGCUCAACACACCCAAUGCCGUCAUUGGGAUUUGCCGGCGGCUGAACUUCAUCUUGCCCCAACUUAACACCUCGAUAUCCAGCGUGGCUAUGUCAAUGAGGAUGGGUCCGCCCCAUGCAUCCCCCCUGGGACGUCAGCUUGUCGCCGCAAGUGCAGAAGUGAAAGAUCUGAAUCGUCGUUUGGAGGAACUGGAGAGCGGCCCACAUCCUCGAUCAAAGACUCCACAGCAGAUCUCAGCGCUGGGUGCCCACGCUGCCAUCCACGCAAUAAAGUGUUACGAAGUGUUGCUCGUCGAGCUCAAACGCAGAUCGCGAGCGAGUCCGCGAGAUGUCGGCGGACCCCAAGCGCGUGCUGCACUGUUUCAAAGCCAUUUCUGCAUGUUGGAGCUACAGAACAUGUGCACCACCCUCGGUCUGAAGAUUAAGCAUCGGCCAGAUCCGUCUUCCCACGACCAAUCGCGCGUAUCGCAAGCAUGGAGCAGCAAAUCCGUGACACCGACCCAGCCCAAAGCACCCAGCAAUCGCAGAAUGGCUCGCCCAGCCAUGUUGCAGGGCCUCAGUAGCCAGCCGGCGCAAUCGGGACUGCCGCCGCCACCGAUGCGCCUACAGCCGGAUUGGGGCACUAUGCAGCCUAUGGGAUCGCCAAUCUCCAUGGGUACACUACGGCCUGCUGAACCCUACUCACGACCAUCUACCAGCCAGUCGAGCUUCUCUCGCACGAACCCGACCCGCAGCCCCUUAGAUGGCAACGAAGGCGACGAAUCUUUCGAAGGGGUCUUCAUGAAAUUGGAGGCGGUGUGCAAUCUGGCCGGGCAAAUAUUGCCGCAGUGCCGUAAAGAGUUUCAGAUGCGCAAAGAAACGGCGAGAAAGGCAGAACAGCUUGGUCUGUCCGCACAGUGGACGGCCAUGGUCAACAAGUGCGACGAAGUCCUCGCACACAAUUGGUCAAUGAAGAAACGUUUAGAGGCGGUAAAGGUCGGCGACCAUGGCUUACGCUAUCAGCGAGAUUUCUGGGUUCUGUGCGACACCUUUGUCCAUUCUUGGACAGCGUUUGCAACCGAUGUCAAAGAUCUCAGCCACAGACGUAUCGACAUUACCGCCAUCAAGCCGCUGAUGCGCACUCUGCAGAGACAGGUGACUGAUGUAUACAAGGCGAUCAAUCGGUCGCCCAUGUAUAGUCACGCGCGCUCCGGCAGCAAAGGUCCGGACAAUGUCAUUCCCACAAGCCUCGCAUCGCCAUUGCCCUUGGGAUGGAAGCCGGUAUAUGCAUCGCAGGACGUCAAUCCCCGGCUCACCUCUCCACUCACCGCGAGCCCUCUCUCUGCCGCACUUGGGCCGGCCGUCCUUGCCACCGUUGCCACGACGCCCACCCCUCCCGCAAGUGCACCGCGGGAGAAUUUGAACGAGUUAUUGACCGCAAAGCUCACGCGUGAUCGAAAUGAUACGCCAAUGCAGCAGCCUCACUAUCCCAGGAGGAUUUAG